UUAUAAAAGAAAACUACUAAUAAUCAUCUGAAUUUGAAGUUUAAAAUCAGAACUUAUUUCUUAUUUUCUUCUCUUCAUCAUUAACUUUCCCCAAUUGGAUGAUGAAACUUCAAACAAAUUCUUGAUGGGUUUCCACAAAAUCUCAAGUUUCUUCUUCUCCUUCUUCCUGAUUUCUCAAUCCCUCAUCGUCGAAUCCCAAAAUAUCGACAAGAUCCUCCCAGGCUUCAAAGCUUCUGCAUCAGAAUUCAACCAAACAAACGGGAAUUUUCUUCUGUCCAACAACUCUGUUUUCGCUCUCGGCUUCUACAGCGGCGCCGAUGACAACGUUUUCUCACUCGGAAUCACUCACAUUUUCAGUUCAAAGGUAAUCUGGACGGCCAACAGAGAUUUCCCGGUGAACGAUUCUGCACUCUUUGUAUUUGAUGAAACAGGGGUUGCUUAUUUGGAUGGUUCCGGCCGGAAUCGGGCUCCGGUUUGGUCGACGGGGACGGCCGGAGACGGCGUCGUUUCGAUGCAGCUGUUGGAUUCCGGGAACUUGGUUUUGCAGAGUAACAAUGGAAGUUUUAUUUGGCAGAGCUUCCAUUUUCCGACCGAUACCCUUUUGCCCGGCCAGGUUUUUUGGGAAGGAAUGAGGCUCAGAAGUUAUCCAAACGACAAUGAUCUCUCGAAUUUUUUGGAAUUUAAACAUGGCGAUUUGGUUCUCUCCGCCGGUUACCGGAAUCCCCAAAUCUAUUGGGCUCUGUCGAAUGAUAGCCGGAAAAUUCCAAAGUCCGCCGCCGGUUCCGGUGGAGGUGGGUAUGUUCUGUUUGCUAUUUUGGAGUCGAAUUCUUGGAAUUUCUACGGCCAGAAAGGGGAAUUGCUAUGGGAAUUCAGAUUUUUCUGGCAAUCGAAUUGGAAAGACAGAUGGGUCUCUGUUUUAAACACCGACGGAUCGAUUUCCUUUCACAAUUUGGAGAUGGGAAAAUCAGCUCCGCCGGAGCCGAUUCGAAUUCCGGCGGGAAAUUGCGGCGUUCCGGAGCCUUGUGAUCCUCUUUUCAUCUGCUACUUCGACAACCGCUGCCAAUGCCCUUCGAUUCUCAACGAGAAAAUCAACUGCAAAAUCCAUUCGAUCCCCUGUAAUGGCAGCUCCACCGAGCUUCUGUAUUUGGGGAAAGAUCUUGAUUACUUCGCUCUUCGCUUCUCAACUCCUUCAUUCAACUCCGACUUGAACUCUUGCAAAGCGGCCUGCGCCGGUAAUUGCUCUUGCCACGUUUUAUUCUUCGAACCCAUUUCGGGAAAUUGCUUCCUCUUCGACCAAAUCGGUAGUUUACAGCGGUCGGAGGAAAGCUCCGGCGGGUACAUUUCGUAUAUGAAAACGAAGCUCCCCAUUAAUGGCGGCGACGCCGAGAUGAGCCCAAGCCAGUACAGAAGAAGAAAACACAUCGUGCUGAUGAGCAUUCUUCUCGCCGCAAUGGCUCUGGCAUUUAUGGGCCUGUUCUGUUUUCGGUUCUACCGCCGGAAAAUGAAGGAACUGCUAAGCUCCAUCGAAGAAGCAACAGAGGAAGACAAAUUCCUCGAGCAGAUCUCCGGUGGGCCGAUGCGGUUCAGUUUCCGGCAGCUCCGGCGAGCGACGAAGAAUUUUUCGAGGAAAAUCGGGCACGGGGGAUUCGGGUCGGUUUAUUUGGGGGAGGUUGGAGAUGGGUCGAGAGUGGCGGUGAAGAAACUGGAGCGAAUGGGGCAAGGGGCGAGGGAAUUCAGAGCGGAGGUCAGUUUGAUCGGCGGGAUCCACCAUGUGAAUCUGGUGAAGCUCACAGGAUUCUGCUCUGAAAGUCUCCAUCGGCUUCUGGUGUACGAGUAUAUGAGCAACGGAUCGUUGGAUAAAUGGAUUUUCAAUGGUGAAGAAGACGCUCCGUUUCUGGAUUGGGACACCCGAUUCAACAUCGCAUUGGGUAUAGCAAGGGCAGUGGCGUACCUCCACGAAGAAUGCGAAUCAAAGAUAAUCCACUGCGACAUAAAGCCAGAGAACGUCCUUCUGGACCAAAAUUUCACACCCAAAGUCUCCGAUUUCGGGAUGGCCAAGUUAAUGGACGCACAAAAGAGCUUCAUCUGCACCCAGCUUCGCGGAACCAGAGGUCUCGUCGAUCCUUUUAUUCUCGAAGAUUGGUGCAAAUUAAGUGGAAUCUCAAGAGGUCAAAUUUUUGCAUGA